ACUCGUAGGAUAAUAGGAUUUCAUAAUAUUUUACAUAGCCUAGCAUCAUUUUUUCACAGCCGUAUUUUUUUUUUUUUUUUUUCAGAUUUGUUUACUCCUCCUUUAUAAUUAUUAAACUGAAAGUAUUUAAUCUGACUUUCAAAUUUGGUACCUCCUUGAACCCAUUUGAUAUUCCUUCUUGCAGGAAUGAUCAUAAUUAAUAUACACUGAUCCUUUUCUUGGAGGAUCCCAUUCUUGUAUUGGGUUGGUGAGAAAUAAUAUUUUAGUAUAGAAGCAGUAAUAAUAAUGGGGAACGUGAGUGGAAGAGAAGAAGGAAGCGACAACAGCCAAUCUGGGGUUGAGGGUGGCGGUGCAGGUGGCGGUGGUGGCGCCGUGCAGGAUGGCAUGGCUGAUCAAGAUCCUGCUGGUGGUGAAUUCAUGGGUCGUUCCCCUCCUCCUAGUCCUAGGACUUCUCAGUCUCCUUUGAUGUUCAGACCUCAGAUGCCAUUGGUUCCUUUACAAAGACCUGAGGAGUUGAACAAUUCCAGUCCUUCAUGGAUGCAAACUACUUCGCGGUAUGAAGAUGUUUGUAACGAGAAAGGUAUUCCAACAAUGAUUACGUGGAGCCUUGACGGAAAGGAAGUUGCCGUGGAAGGAUCAUGGGAUGAUUGGGAAACAAGGUUCAUUGUUGACGGACAAUGGAGGUAUUCUCCUGACUUCCCAUGGGCCCAGGAUGAAUCAGGCAAUGCUUACAACAUUUUAGACUUGCAGGAAUAUGUCCCAGAAGAUAUUGAUAACAUUUCCGGAUUUGAACCACCUCAGUCCCCAGAUGCCAGCUACAAUAAUCUGCAACUUGGUCCAGAGGACUAUGCUAAGGAACCGCCAGUGGUUCCUCCACAUCUACAGUUGACUUUGCUUAAUGCUCCGGCACCUCAAAUGGAGAUUCCACCUCCCUUUCUAAGACCUCAAUAUGUAGUGCUAAACCAUCUCUACAUGCAAAAGGGUAGGGGCAGUCCAGUUGUGGCACUUGGUUCAACUCAUCGGUUCCAUUCCAAAUACGUGACGGUUGUGCUUUACAAGUCCAUAAAGAGUUGAAAUUGGAAAUCUGCAAAAACUACAGUCUUUACUCCCUAAAUGUAAUUGAUAUGCUUUUAUAGUAAAUGCCGGGCCUAAUUCUUGGGUAAACUUUGGAAAAAGCCAUACAAGAAACUUUGAAAUCUAUAUGGAAUGCAAAAUACUUGGGCACUUAUCCCCCAGUUUUGUGACUUUAUCA